AUGGCCAACACGAUAAAGGUCGACGGGGACGAACAUGCCCCCAAAUCGCCUGGCAAUGCCGAUAAGGAGCUCUCCCACAAUGUUCACGUUUCAACAAACGACGAAGCAGAAGAGGCAACAACCGCCAUGACCGCGAACGAAGCAACAGCGCAAGUUGUGCCCUCACCUCAAGAUGCCGCUGGAGAAACCGCCGUUACUGCAACUACAAAUCUCGACGUCAAAGCCGCUCUCCAAGCGCGAAUGGCGCGCUUCAAGGCCCUCCAGGCACAGAAAGUAAACGGCCGCAAAGCCACAGAGCGCGAAGUCCGCGACGCAGAAGACCGCUCCAGCCGUCUCGCGCAAAUUUCCAAACUGAGCGCCGCCCACGAGAAAGCAUCCUACAAACUACUCAAAUCAGAAGACCCAGACUUUGAGCGCAAAAGGAAUUGGGACUACACUGUCGAGGAGAGUGAGAGCUGGGACAAACGGCUGAAGAAGAAGGCAAAGAACAGAGAGGGAGUCGCAUUUGCAGACUACAGGAACGAGGCGAAUAAGGUGUACAAGAGACAGAUUGGGCAGAUGAGUAAGGUGGAUAUGGAGGCGUAUGCGGAGGAGAAGGCAAGGAAACUCCAGUCGCAAGUGUCCUCCGGGCUCUUGCAACUAGUUGAAACGGACGCCGGGGAGAUUUACACGGUGGACAGUAAUGGGCGCAUAAACACUCCCGUCGACGAAGCGUAUAGCCACGACCACAAGCCCUCGAAGGAAGCCCUCGAUAGAUUGGUUGCAGAUCUGGACAAGGGCGAGCGCGCACGAAUGAAGGCGCGCGCUGCAAGAGGCAUACGCGACGAGCAGGAUGUGGGUGAUGUCACGUACAUUAAUCAGAAGAACAAGCAGUUCAACGAUAAGCUCUCGCGGUUCUACAACAAAUACACGAGCGAGAUACGGGAUAGCUUUGAACGAGGUACGGCGAUUUAG